AUGACGUUUAGGAGAACUUUAGUCACAAGGUUGCAUGGAUUAAUUAUAAGGUUUGAAGACAUAGUGAGCCAGAAUCUGACGCACAAUGAGAAGAUCAAGGAUUUUGAUGAUGUGUCGCAUCACUUGGAGUUUGAGGCUGAGCGCCUAGAGGCUGCUAAGCCCAAACAUUCAGUCUAUAUAGUUGAGUCUGGUUUGUGCAAGGAAUUUAGGCCUAAGCACAAGAAGUCUAAGAUAAGGGUAGUUACUGGACAAGUGAAGAAAGGAUCGGAAAUUUCUCAACACAGCAAGAGAGGAGCGACCGAGCACAUAGCACGAGAUCAAGUCAGUUUUGUGGAGUAUCGUAGGAUUCCAGAUGGGAGUCGUGAUAUCAAGAUGGGGAAUGGAGUUAGCGUGGAGGUGUUAGAACUCGCGAAUGUGGAAGCCGACGUUGCGGUGCCAGGGCAGCCGAAGAAGAGAACGUUCAAGAAGUUCAGCUUUAGAGGUGUCGAUCUGGACGCACUUCUCGACAUGUCCACCGACAAGCUUGUCAAGCUCUUCCACGCCCGCGCUCGCCGAAGGUUUCAACGCGGAUUGAAGAGGAAGCCAAUGGCGUUGAUAAAAAAGCUGCGUAAGGCAAAACGUGAGGCACCACCCGGUGAGAAGCCAGAGCCAGUUAGGACUCACCUCCGCAACAUGAUCAUUGUACCUGAAAUCAAGCCAGAAAUGAUUGGACAUUAUCUAGCUGAAUUCUCAAUCAGUUACAAGCCUGUCAAGCAUGGAAGGCCCGGCAUUGGUGCUACCCACUCCUCCAGGUUCAUUCCUCUCAAGUGA